AUGGGAAAAGCCAAGAAAACUCGCAAGUUCGCCGCUGUGAAGCGCAUGAUUAGUCCUCGUGAUACGCGAAUUAACUCCGUGCGUAAAGCGGUUGCGAAGGUAGAGGAGAAGAAACGCAAGGAAGCGGAGCCAAAGCAGAUUGACCAGAUCCCGUCCAACAUGUUCUUCAAGUACAAUUCAGCUCUUGGACCACCGUACAACGUCCUUGUGGAUACGAAUUUCAUCAACUUCUCCAUUAAGAACAAGCUCGAGGUUGUCUCGGCCAUGAUGGACUGCCUGCUCGCCAAGUCCACCCCAUGCAUUACAGACUGCGUGAUGGCAGAGCUGGAGAAACUUGGCCACAAAUACCGUGUGGCUUUGCGACUAGCUAAGGACCCGCGCUUCGAGCGACUGCCAUGCACACAUAAGGGCACAUACGCCGAUGACUGUCUGGUGCAGCGUGUUCAACAGCACCGCUGCUACAUCGUAGCGACGUGUGAUCGUGAACUCAAGCGUCGCAUCCGUAAGGUUCCUGGUGUUCCUAUCAUGUAUAUCUCCAACCGCAAAUACGUGAUUGAGCGGCUUCCGGAGGCCAACGCGGCUAAGAUCAAGUAG